UAAACGUUAAAAUUUUUAUUUUAAGAAUAGAAGACUGUGAAACUGACAAAAGCGCGGCGCCAUAUUGCGUGCUUGUGUUUGGUUACUGUUCUGGCGCGUGGUCAAGAAUUGUUAUAUUUAAUUAAUUACCAUGUCUGAUAAUCAGGAACAAAAACCCGAAGCCGGCCCAGGCGACGCGAAUUCUGAAUAUAUCAAGCUUAAAGUUGUUGGAAAUGACAGCAAUGAAAUUCACUUUAGGGUAAAGAUGACCACUCAAAUGGGUAAACUCAAGAAAUCAUAUAGCGAUCGUGUGGGUGUUCCUAUGACAUCACUCAGGUUUCUAUUUGACGGUAAAAGAAUUAAUGAUGAUGAAACACCAAAGCAGUUGGAAAUGGAAAAUGAUGAUGUUAUUGAAGUAUAUCAAGAACAGACAGGUGGUCACUAUUGAAGAAAUCUAUUAAGUUUCAAUCUCUUUUAAAGUGAAAGUGACUAUCGUAAAGAAAUGGACAAGUUUAUCAGUAUAUAUAUAUGUAUGUUAAAAAAACAUUAUGUAAUUUGGUUUUUUACGUAACAUUUUGAUGUGCUGUUCUACAUUCCUGUAACGUGGCAAAGACCAUCAACAGUCAGUUUCAUACAAUGUAUAUGUUUAUCCAACAAAAACAAAACAAAAAAAAAAGAUACAGAACUAAAAAAAGAAUCAUGCCUUAAAUGCUGUGAGUUUUGUCCAUUAAUAACAUUUGGCAAUAUAUUUGCAUCCUAUAAAUUUCUAAAUUCUUAGUUUUAGAUCGCGAUUUUUAGUUUUGUUAUUAAAACAUGAUAAUUAUUAUAUAAUAUAAAUAUGAUUUAAACAAAAUUGUUGCGUUUAAGGUACGUCUAUAAUAAAAGAAAUAAUUGUAAUAUUUUCCCUUUGCCUUUUUAUGUAAUUUUAAUAUUAAUAGAAAUAUUUUCUACUUGAAAAGUAUACAUUCACUAAUACGUAAAAAAAAUUUAUUCUCUUCUGUAUUGAUAAGCAUGAAAUAAUCAAUGUAAGUAAUGUGGAUGCUUUUGAAGAUUUUUAUAGAUUUUGAUUUUUAUUAUAGAUAAAUUAUGUAUUAGAAUAAUAAAAAUGCUAAAUUGCUAUAUCUAAUAAUUAUGCAAAUUUACUUUUAUAAUAUUUUUUUUAAAUUACUAUUUGAGUUAUUACUAUUGAGUAAAGAAUAAAAAUUAGGUCAAAGAUCUACAACUUAUUAAAUUGUAACUCUUAUAUAUUAUUUGAAUAUCAAUCUAUUAUAAGCAUCCUCAUUACAAAAUACUUAAUUCAUUUGAUUUAACAGGACAAAAUUUCUAUAAAUUGUAAUAAAAUUUAUUCUUGUACAGAUAAGUAAUAUAGUUUCUGUUUUCAUUACUAA